AUGGAAACAAAUUUAGCUGAAAAUAUUGUGAUUGUGGGGGCUGGAAUUGCUGGCCUUACAACAGCCUUAGGACUUCACAGGUUGGGUAUCCGAAGUUUGGUGUUGGAAUCUUCAGAUUCUUUGAGGGUCACUGGGUUUGCUUUGUCAAUAUGGAACAAUGCUUGGAAGGCUUUGGAUGCUGUUGGUGUCGGAGACAUCCUCCGCCACCAACAUCUCCAGCUCAAUGGGAUCGUCACUACUUCAUUGAUUACAGGGCAACAAACAUCAGCCAUGCCUUUCAGAGCAACAGGAAACCAGCAGGAUGUCGAAAUCCGUUGUGUUAAAAGGAAGUCAAUGUUAGAAGCCCUUGUCAAUGAAAUUCCAAGAGACACCAUCAGAUAUUUGUCGAAAGUUGUUGCCAUCGAGGAAUUUGGCUUCUAUAAGAUAGUCCAUCUUGACGAUGGGACAAUCAUCAAAACCAAGGUGUUGAUUGGGUGUGAUGGAGUGAACUCCUUGGUGGCAAAGUGGCUAGGCUUCAAGAAGGCCUCUUUUACAGGGAGAUAUGCAAUCAGGGGUUGUGCAGAGGUCAACAGCAGUCAUGGAUUAGAGCCCAGGUUUAUGCAGUACUUUGGCAAAGGUUUUAGAGCUGGUGUUAUGCCUUGUGAUGAGAAGGCUGUUUACUGGUUUUUCACUUGGACACCCACCAGCCAAGAGAAAGAGCUGGAAGAGAACCCUGCCAAACUGAAACAAUACGUGUUAAAGAAGCUUGAGAAUAUGCCAAGUGAUGUUAGAUACUACAUAGAAAAAACAGAGCUGGAUGCCAUCCUAUUAGCUCCAUUGAGAUUUAGGCAUCCCUGGGAGCUGAUGUUGGGGAAUAUUAGCAAAGGCAAUGUUUGUGUUGGUGGAGAUGCUUUCCACCCCAUGACUCCUGACCUUGGUCAAGGAGGGUGUUGUGCCUUAGAAGAUGGGGUUGUUUUAGCAAGGUGCCUAGCUGAGGCAUUCUCCAAACAGAAGCAUGCAGAAGAGGAGCAACACAAAAGGAUUGAGAAAAGCUUGAAGAAAUAUGCAAAGGAGAGAAGAUGGAGAAGCAUUGAUGUCAUUGCUACAGCUUAUGUGGUUGAAGUAAUCAUGGAAUCAGCAGUUGAAGACAUAGUGAUUGUGGGAGCUGGAAUUGCUGGCCUCACAACAGCCUUGGCACUUCACAGGUUGGGUGUGAAAAGUUUGGUGUUGGAAUAUUCAGAUGGUUUGAGAGUGACUGGGUUUGCUUUGACAACAUGGACAAAUGCUUGGAAAGCUUUGGAUGCUGUUGGCGUCGGAGACAAUCUUCGUCUCCAACAUCUCCGCCUACAAGAGAAUGUGAGUACAUCUUUGAGCAUAGGGCAAGAAACAUCAAGAUUGCCCUUCAAGGGCACAAGAAAAAGUGGAGACUGUGAAGUUCGUUGUGUAAGGAGACAAAUAAUGUUGGAAGCACUUGCUAACGAGCUUCCAAGUGGCACCAUUAGGUUCUCGUCAAAGGUUGUUGCAAUUCAAGAAUCUGGCUGUUUCAAGAUACUCCAUCUUGCUGAUGGAACAACCAUCAAAACCAAGGUGUUGAUUGGGUGUGAUGGAAUAAACUCUGUGGUAGCAACGUGGCUUGGGUUCAAGGAGGCAUCUUUUACUGGGAGAUACGUUAUCAGGGGUUACACAAAGUUGAUGAACAAUCAUGGGCUUCAACCUGAUUUCAUGCACUUCUUUGGAAAGGGUUUUCGAUCCGGUGUAUUGCCUUGUGAUGACAAAACUGUUUAUUGGUUUUUAACUUGGACUCCAACCACUGAAGACAAAGAGCUAGUUAACAACCAAGCCAAAAUGAAGCAAUUGGUGUUGAAAAAGCUUGAGAAAAUGCCAAGUAAUCUCAAAUGGUGCAUUGAGAAAACGGAACCAAAAGAUAUCUUAACAUCUCCACUGAGAUAUAGACACCACUGGGAGCUUGUGUUAGGAAAUAUUAGUAAAGGCAAUGUUUGUGUUGUUGGAGAUGCUUCUCACCCCAUGGCCCCUGACCUAGGUCAAGGUGGGUGUUGUGCCUUGGAGGAUGGGAUUAUUUUAGCCAGAUACCUAGCUGAGGCAUUCUCCACAAAGCCUAACAAACAUGGUAAAGAGAUUGGAAAAAAGGAUGAGACUAAGGAGCAGUACAAGAAAAUUGAGGCUAGCUUGAGGAAAUAUGCAAGAGAGAGAAGAUGGAGAAACGUUGAUAUCAGUGUUACAUCUUAUGUUCUGGGGUUUGUUCUGCAGGGUGAUUUGAAAAUGGUUGCACAUGUUAGGGACAAAAUUUUGCCUGAUUUCCUGGCUGAGUUGCUGUUGAAGAAGUCAGAUUUUGAUUAUAAGACCGAUGAUAUCAAAGCCGAGGACAAUAUGGAGGCUAGAAGCAGGAGCAAGAUUAUCACCAAGAGCCUUUCGCAUAUUCUUGUUCCUCAUCGUCGUCUUCUUCGUCUGAUUGAUUUUUGUAAGGGUAUAUCAAUCUGCGCUUUGCUGUUGAUUUUGAUUUCGGUUUUGGAUACUGCUAAUUUUAAUGCUAUGGGAGUUCAACGGCAUGAAGCGCUUGCUGAAGACGAGCCGGCUGAAAAUGCUUGUGCCAGUAGUUCUUUGAACCAAGGUUCUCUUCCCAGUGAGUUUGCCAGCAAGAAUCCAUGUGUAAAUACUGAAAGUAGUGAAGUUAAUGAAUCGGGUGACAUUUCUUAUGAGAAAAGCAAUACACCACAUAUCUAUAGACAAGAUGUUGUGAAAAAUAAUACUAGUGGCAUGAUUGGGAUUGUGACAGAGGUAGCUGGUGAUUCAGAUUCGGAUUCAGAUAGUAGCAUCACUGAUGAUGAGAAUGAUAGUGACGAUGAGGAUGGGGAUGGUGAGGAAGGCGAUGACAGUAAUAUUACUAGCAGGAAUUCUGAAAGUAAUGUUGCUGCUGGGCAUUGUAAAACCGAUGCUCUUCUGGCUGACCAGUUGCGUGUACUGUGGAUGGACGAAUCUGAAUCCACUCAAAAUUUCAGUGAUGUCGAAGUUGUUGAUCGUGGAUUUUUACAUGGUGAUUUUGUUGCUUCGGCUUCAGAUCCUACUGGGCAAGUGGGUGUGGUGGUUGAUGUCAAUAUAUGUGUGGAUCUGUUGGCCCAUGAUGGAUCUAUAGUAAAAGACGUCUCGUCAAAAAACAUAAAUCGUAUUAGGGAUUUCACUGUUGGUGAUUAUGUGGUGCUUGGGCCGUGGUUAGGCCGAAUUGAUGAUGUUUUGGACAAUGUAACUGUCUUAUUUGACGAUGGUUCAGUUUGUAAAGUCUCCAAAGCAGAUCCAUUAAAUCUUAAACCAAUUUCUAAGAAUAUUCUUGAAGAUGGGCAUUUUCCUUAUUACCCAGGGCAACGGGUAAGGGCUAGCUCCUCAUCUGUUUUCAAGAAUUCAAGAUGGCUGUCUGGCUUGUGGAAAGCUAAUAGGUUAGAGGGUACUGUAACGAAAGUUACAGUUGGAUCAGUGUUUAUUUAUUGGAUAGCAUCUGCAGGUUAUGGGCCAUAUUCUUCUACUGCCCCUGCUGAGGAGCAGAGUCCAAAAAGCUUAAAGUUGUUGUCUUGUUUUUCUCAUGCAAAUUGGCAAUUGGGUGACUGGUGUCUCUUACCCUCAUCAGGACUGUCAUCCUCAGCUUCCAUGGACAAAGGCAUAUCAAAAUUGGAACUUAACGAUGCUACUAACAAUGCAUUAGAUUCUAAUCACACAGGAAGUGGGUGUGAUUCCGAAGAAGCUACUGUUGAGGAAACAAAUGGGGUUAAGGAUACUAUGGACCUUGAUCCAGCUGAUUCUUUGGAAGGGAAUGAUGGAAAUGAGAAAAGUAAUCCGUCACGUGAUUCUAGUUCAUGCAGCAGUUCUAUAUCCGUAUCAAAGGAACCUGUCCAUGAAGCUUGGCCUCUUCACCGCAAGAAAAUUAGGAAAGUUGUCAUCAGGAAAGAAAAAAGGGCCCGAAAGAAAGAGGAAAGUUUUGAGAAAGCUCUUUUGAUUGCCAACACAAGAACUAAAGUUGAUGUUGCAUGGCAGGAUGGAACAAUAGGACGUCAACUGAAUUCUACAAGUUUGAUUCCAAUAGAUAAUCCUGGUGACCAUGAAUUUGUUUCAGAACAAUAUGUGGUGGAGAAGACCUCCGAUGAUGGUGAGGAUAUUUCCGAAGCUAGGCGAGUUGGGGUUGUGAGAAGUGUUAAUGCAAAGGAGCGGACAGCUUCUGUGAGGUGGUUAAAAAAGGUUGCCAGAGCAGAAGAUCCUCGAGAGUUUGACAAUGAGGAAGUUGUUAGUGUGUAUGAGCUAGAGGGCCAUCCAGAUUAUGAUUACUGCUAUGGGGAUGUGGUUGUUCGCCUGUCGCCUGUGUCUGUACAUUUAGAAACAGCUUCUGUUGGAGAGUCCACUGAGAAAUCGGAGCAAAAAACUGAGCAUGCGAUUAAAAAGGAAGCAAAAACCAAAACUGAAGCUAAUAAAGUACAAAAUGCAUCUGCUGAUACUUCUGUCCAAUUUACUGACCUCUCUUGGGUUGGAAAUAUAACUGGCCUUAAGAAUGGUGAUAUUGAAGUUACUUGGGCUGAUGGGAUGGUGUCAACGGUUGGACCCCAAGCGAUUUAUGUGGUUGGUCGAGACGAUGAUGAAGAAUCAAUUGCUGCUGGGAGUGAAAUAAGUGAUGCUGCUAGCUGGGAAACUGUUAAUGAUAAUGAAAUGGAAGUUCUUGAGGAUUCCAGAGAGGAUAUUGAGAGGGAAAACUCAAGCAGUCUUCCUUCCGAGGAAGAAGAAAGUGGAGAGAAUGAUUUUGGUAGGGCUGCUGCACUUUCUGUUCCUUUAGCAGCAUUUCGGUUUGUCACUAGACUUGCCACUGGAAUAUUCUCAAGGGGCCCAAGGAACAUGGAUCCUGUUCACAUUCAGAUAAAAGCUGGACAUGAACAUCCAUCACCAGUACUGAAUGAUGAUUCUAGUUCUCAGAAACUUAUUGCCAUUGAUGGUGAUAAUUCAGGCAAUAAGAAUGAAAGAUAUGAGGAGGUUGUUUCAGAAGCAACUGAAACUCUGGAAGCAUGUGAGACACUUUGCAGCAUGAAAAAUCAAGAUGUUCUUGCAACUUGCGAUAAUGGGAAUUGCAGUUUGAAACAUUUUGACAUAACACAAGAUCCAUCAGACCACUACUUUAUUGGUGCAAAUGGACAGAGUAACAACCGGAAAUGGUUAAAGAAAGUGCAACAAGAUUGGAACAUACUGCAGAAUAACCUUCCUGAGGAAAUCUAUGUACGAGUUUAUGAAGAUAGAAUGGAUCUCUUAAGAGCAGUUAUUGUAGGGCCAUAUGGAACCCCUUACCAAGAUGGACUCUUUUUCUUUGAUUUUCACCUUCCGCCAGAAUACCCUGAUGUUCCACCGUCUGCAUACUAUCAUUCUGGUGGCUGGCGGAUUAACCCUAAUUUGUACGAGGAAGGGAAGGUUUGCCUUAGCCUUCUAAAUACAUGGACAGGCAGAGGAAAUGAAGUAUGGGAUCCAAAAUCCUCUAGCAUUCUUCAAGUCCUAGUUUCACUGCAAGGUUUAGUACUCAACUCUAAGCCUUACUUCAAUGAAGCUGGGUAUGAUAAGCAGAUUGGAACAGCUGAAGGAGAGAAAAAUUCAUUGUCAUACAAUGAGAAUACAUUUUUACUUAACUGCAAGACUAUGAUGUAUGUCAUGAGAAAACCCCCCAAGGAUUUUGAAGUGCUCGUCGAAGAACAUUUUAGGAGGCGGGGCCAUAACAUCCUUAAGGCUUGUGAUGCAUAUAUGAAGGGUUGCUUGAUUGGCUCGCUGACUAGAGAUGCCUCCAUAAGUGAAAAGAGCAGUCAGAAUUCAACCUCUGUGGGUUUCAAGUUGAUGUUAGCCAAGAUAGUGCCAAAGCUUUUCUUGUCACUAAGUGGGGUUGGAGCUGAUUGCGAGGAAUUUAAGCAUCUGAAAGAUUUGUAG